AUGUCGUCCGAUGGAAAAGAGAUAAAAGCUGGCGAUGCUUUGUCAGAUGAAGAAUUCCGUAAGCUUUACCGUAAAAUCAUGGGUGAUACGAAAACGCAAGUGAAUAUUCAGCAAGCUUAUACGAUUCUGAAUUGUUGUGGAAGAAACGUUACAUCGCAACAUUUGCAAGAGCAAUGGAAGUUUCUUGGAGAGAAGAUAUCAGUUGGUCGUUUAUAUGAUAUCUAUAGAAAGGCCGAUGAAGUGGAAGUUGAUGAUAUUGGAUUUGCGAAAGCAGUCAAAACAUCAACUAUUAAAAUCGACGAUAUUCUCAACGCAGUGAAAGAUGGAUCUCUAGUCGACAAACAAUAUCUUGAAAUAGUACUGCAAGAAUUCAAAACUGAAGAUGGAUUUGUGGAUAUUGGAGCACUACUCAAUACAGCUGCCAAGUCUAAAGUGGAUGUCGUGAAUAGAUUACUAGGUUCCGGAAAACCAAAAGUAGAAGAAGACGAAACUUAUGAGGUAGGACUAACGAGAUUUACUAUAAAACUUGGAAGGACCCCAAGACUGUCAACUUUGAGCAUAAUUUUCUCGGUUCCUAUGCGAGAUAUCAAAAAUGUGUCAACUGACAAAAUGAUUUUGAUAUUAUGA